GAAGUGUGGGUGGGAGGUGCAAAGCUGACAUCGCUUUUAGGCAACUUCGCUCCGAGUACCGAUGACUACUCUAGAAGACAACGUCUCACGCCAAUACUGACUAAAGUCGCUGAAACUGAAGAACCUCUCCAAGAAGCGACAGGAUGGCUGUCAUUCAUUUACAACAACAAAAAACUGCUCUCACAGCACCAAGUGCCAUCUGCUGGCGUUGGACAUUAUUGCAACCAAACGCCCUUCAAGCCAUGCUGUAGAAGAUGGAGAACCGGACAUUAUUGCAGGACCUACGCCGAACUCCCAAACUCAGUACACCUGUUUUAGUCAUUUCUAAGAUGAUAGUGAUUGCCAUACCCAUUGCCGAGGUUGUAAUCGGAUCCCUGUACCUGAAAAGCUGCCCGGUGCAGAAGUUCAUCCCGAUCUACCUGGUGGUGAUGGGUGCCUUCACCCUGUCCCUCACGCUGCUGUCCUGCCUGCCCUGCACCCAGGAACCCGAGGACGGGAGCCAGACUGCCCUCAGUAGCGUCUGUACUGCCUGGAACUCCAUCGUAUCCCUCUUCCUAUUCUGCUGGUUUAUCGCUGGUAAUGUGUGGAUCUACUCAAAAUACCAGCCCAACUAUGUCAAUCCAGAUGCCUCAGACUACUGUCACAAGACCCUCUAUCUCUUCGCCUUCUGGGUCACCUCUCUGGUAUACAUCCUGAUUGGUGGCUUCUUUGUCCUUGGUUGCUGCGCCAUGAUCUGUUUGGCCAUCUGUGGGAAGGUGCGGGGCUUCGGGUACAACCGGCAUGAAGACAUCUGAUGAUACUUCUCACAGCGGUCAAAGUUAGGGGCUUUCUCUGAACCCCACGGUCCAAGAUUUCUGGCCCAGUCACUAUGGGUGCAAAUCCAGCUCACAAACGUGUCGUUUCCUCUUUCCUUUGGCCUCGUACCUUGUUGUUGUCGUCGAAAGUCAGUUAGAAAGUCAGAAAGUUUUAUAUUGGCCAUUCAUUUCUCAUAUCUGAAAAGAAAACCUCGUUGUCAAAACAACUUUGAAAAACGUUGAUGUCCUGAUGUGCCACAAGGCUUUUCUUCGGUAAUAUUGUAUGUACGUAUUUUGAAGGUGAAAAGAGGGUCCAAUAUCAAACUUCCAUUACCCAGGUCGACGACAAGGCACACGGCCAGAGGACAGAGGAAAGAAUGCAGGUUUGAGGACCUUUUGCACCCUUUGUAGUGCACUAUGUACAAGGCAACGAAACAAGGCAACUCGCACCCUAUGUAGUGCAGGAUGGAGUGAACGUUCUGCUCAUAGUGCAUGAGUUCUUGUCAAAUUCGUUCCUCCAGUGCUUUCAUUUUUCUUGUGGCCUUGUUGGCAAGGUUCAACGUCAUUUCUGCUCGAAGUUGUAUUCAAUAUCUCACAAAAGCAUAAUUCAAAGGUCAUUAUCUCAAUUGCAAUCUGCAUGAUUAUUGGGGAAAAGCCCCUUUAAAAUUGCUCUGCCUGGGUUGACAGCUGGAAAACUUCAUUGUUUUCUUUACGAUGGAGGGAAGUUACAGAGGCAAGAGGCCACAAGCAACAAGAAAGGACGGGAGGAACUAGUUUGACUUGCAGCUCAUGUGUCAUAUGGGUUUACCUGCUUCAUCUUCAUUGUGGAACCACGAUUAGUCACAGGGUGUCUAGAAGCUACUGAUGUAUGUGCCACAAUCAGCUUUUCUUUGCAACAGCGAUCCCAGUGUUUGCAGUAUUUGCAGAUAUUACUGCUUUUUAUAAUACUUCAAAGUCCUAUGCAGCUAUUGUUUUUGUUUUUAUGCACUAAUUAAGUUCUUUGUUGAAUUCUGUCCAAUGAAAUCUGCAUUUUUGUGUAAUGUAAAAGAGUUUUCUUUGUGCAAUAGUUCUGAUGGCCAACAUAAUGGAUGCAGAAUAUGAACUGCAAGCUUUUUUGCUGUCAGUGCAAUUAGUACUUUGUAUGAUUUAGCCUACGUUUACGUCUGCUGUGCUGAAAAAUAUUGCUGUAAUAUUUUAAACUGAUUCAUACAAAUGUAUUUUGUGGAUGAAGAGUUGCUGUA